AUGAAAGCGAAUCGCAGAGUAUUUUCCUGGAAGGUCGGAAGGCUCCCUCCAGGUGCGCUAUUGCACACGCUUCAAGGGCUGCAAGGCUGGAAAUUUUGGGCAUUCUGGGCGGAGUUUCAACAGGCGCACCUUGCGAGGCAGUUCAAGCCGCAGGUAGCAAGAGCAAAGACACCGAAGAAGGUGUGUCAAGACCGCGAUACGGUCCACCUCGGCGCAGGCAAACGGUGGACCUCUAUUCCCCGUCAAAUGGAUCGCCAAAAACAAGACCGUCCCGCUGUGUCCAGCGCCCGUAGUGCGUUGGGCAACAGUUGA